AUGACAGCGUCUCUCGUUUUUGUAAAGUUUGGUGCUGUUCUCGUAUUUUUUGGACUCUGGGUAUGUUCCAGUGAGUUAAGUUCCCACUUCUAUAAAAUCGACUGCAUUAAGGAAAAUGAAACAAAAUAUCUCAAAAAUAUAAAUUGUGAAGUUAUCAAGCUUAGUAAAGGACUUUAUGCGUUAACUGUCCUUGCUGAUUUAGUUCUCAAAGCUAAUCAUGUUAAUGUCAGUUUAGACAUUUACCAAAGACCAUCAAAUUUAAAUUUCUUCAACAUGACACUAGAAUAUUGCAGCUCCUAUGGAAAUUUGUCACCAAUUGUGCGACUUUGUAUUGAACUUUUAAGAAAUUUUGCAAAUAAUCUCUUUCAUGCUUGUCCAUUUAUGCCAAGAAAGCGAAUUGGAGUAGAAAAUAUGCCGAUGGCACUUGGACUACCAUUCAUAUCCUUAUUAAAUAUUCCACGUGGUGACUAUAGAACUGUCAUCAGUAUUCGCGACCAAAAGAAUGAAUUUAUUUUUUAUGUACAACUUUUGGGGACGGUCUCACAAAAGAAAAGUCAAAAAAAUGGAGAUAUACAGAACAUGUUAUGGGUUAAGGAUGAUGUCGAAAUUUUCAGCUACUGCAAUAAAAGUCAAAAUCUCAAUUUGAUGAAUCAGCAGUGCAAAGUGUGUGGCGAACCAGCAGCAGGAUUUCAUUUUGGUGCAUUUACAUGUGAGGGAUGUAAGUCAUUUUUCGGACGAACGUACAACAACUUAUCAUCGAUAUCGGAAUGUAAAAACAACGGCGAAUGUGUCAUUAACAAAAAGAAUCGUACAGCAUGUAAAGCAUGUCGUCUUCGAAAGUGUCUACUAGUUGGAAUGUCCAAAAGUGGCUCACGCUAUGGUCGACGAUCAAACUGGUUCAAAAUUCACUGUCUUCUUCAGGAGCAACAAAAUAAAGUCAAUAAUAACAAUAACAAUAAUAUAAGCAGCAAUAGUAAUAACAAUAAUGUCUUACAAAAUGAGAAUAGCAAUAAUAGCAAUAAUAACAAUAAUUCAUCGAUAGCAAACCAACCUGCGAGUAUUCUACCAAAUGACUUUAUAUCGUCGCAUUUCCUAGCGAAUUUAUACAGCAAUUACAACAAUAAUAAUAAUAACAAUAAUAUUAACAAUGGAAUGAUUAAAGGUCAAGACGUAGUAAUAAAACGAGUAAGUUCACCAAGUGAUUCAGGUGCAUCGUCGGCUGAACUUGACGAAACGAGUAUCAAAUUUAAUAAUAACAACAUAGCCAAAAGUAAAAACCUGAAUUCAUUGAAGCCACGAUCGGAUAGCCUUAGUAGUGAGAAACGCGAAAAAACCAGUUCAUCGCCAAGUGAUGGCUACAUUAGUCCAAUAAUUAGUAAUCGAAACUUAAAACCGUCACAAAUUACACCAUUCCUGCCUUUCGCUAUUCAUCAUCAUGGACUUCCGACGACUAUGUCACCGAGGACGCCGAGUGCACAAGAACUUUUCAUGCUAUCAUUACCACAGAUUUCAUUGACACCGUCGCCACUCCAGAAGCUACAUAAUAAUUAUGUUGAUACCGAGCAAAAUGAGCCAAUUGAUUUAUCAAUAAAGUCGUCAUCUAGUAAACGAUCACGUGAUAGUAAUGAUAAUGAUGAUAAUCAUGGUAAUAGAAAAGCGAUUCGAUCAUCAACACCUGAUUUACAUCAUGAGGCAGCUGCAGCGGCACCGAAGACAGUUCCUUUAGAUUUAACGCUUGUGCGAGGAUAA